AUGCCGCAGAUUUUGGCAAAGUUCUCACUUAAGGGAUCCAGUGACAAGUCAAAUUUAAAGGUGCGGUCCAGCAGCACGGGAGGCACAUCGUCCAGCACGAACUCCAAACCAGCAAACAGCCUAUGUUCAAGACGGAUGAGCUCCACGGGCUCGAUGGGUUCCAUGGGCUCACGAGUGUCCAGUACCGCUAUGAUGACGUCUUCCAGUCUUGGUAGUUCUAGGAGAUCCAAAUUGACAAUAGACACAGAUCUACAAACAACGGGGUCUAGUGUCACGGCAAAACCCGUGGUGAACUCACCAGAUUGGGAGAUUAGGUACGAUCCUACUCUAUCUGAGUACUACUAUGUCAACACCAAGACUAACGAAUCACAAUUUGACCAUCCAGACGAAGUUCUAUCUCCACUGGAUGAAGUUCCUAGUCAGUCCAACUCUGGUGAACACCGUAAACUCUUCAGGUCGUGCAGCCUGAAGAGAACGAUAUCCCCAAGGCUACUAGCUAUACCGAAAAAAUGUCCAAGUCCACGUAUACCAAACAAGUCGAGUGCUGCAUCUUCCCCGAACCAGAGCGCUCAGAAUCGCUCCAGUACAGAGAUAGAUCAGGACGUCGAAGAGUUCAAGAGACAUUUUACGAUGGAAAUGCACGAUUAUGAAGCUCAAAGAUUGAAGAACUAA